CUUCAAUUAAUUAUUAUUGUCUUUGAAUAAAAUCGGACAAUACAUUGAAUUCAAWUAAAAAUGACAACCAAAUCAUUAACACAACAACACCAUCACAAUCACCACUAUUACUACAGUGGUAUUAUCACAGCACUGGUCACACAGUUAGUGUUACUGUUGAUCACUGAGCCCAGCCAUCGCUGGUCAGUAAAUGCUGUCAGAUAUGUGGCUCCAGAGGACUGUGAAUGGAGAGCCAGUGCCGAUGCUGGCACUGGUGGUGGCAGCGGUAGCGCCGGUGAUAGUGUACAGUUGACGUGUAAAUUGAGGACAAUUAACGGUGCCUUCGAUAGCACCAACUUUAGUCUAAUACAGGCCCAGCAUACGGCUGGUCUGCAUAUCUUAUGUGAUGAUAUACUGUUUGAGAGUUCCUUAUCGAACCGUUCGUUCGAGCACUUGACUCAGCUCCGGGAGCUGAACAUCGACCGGUGCAAACUGCCCGAACUUCCACUGCUUACUUUCGCCGGGCUGUCACAGUUGCGCAACCUGACGGUGCGCUCCAAUAACUUACAGUGGGGUGACCUGCAGCUCAAGAUACCGACCGGCGGCCUAUUGACGCCAGUGCCUCGCGUCCAGCGUAUCGAUCUGUCCACGAAUGCCAUCUCAUGGCUGCCCGAAUCGCUGUUCUGCGGCCUACAGGAGCUCCAGUUUGUCAACCUUACCGGCAAUCUGUUCCAAGAGGUGGUUAGUGUCGGGUUUUCAUCGAAAAACAGAGAUAGAGUGCAAUUACAGUGUAAACUGGACUCCAUUAACCAGUUGGACAUGUCUUACAAUCGAAUCAAAGUGCUUACCGACCGAUGUUUUGGUCUAUUAUCGCGACUACAGAUGCUGUCACUGCAUCACAAUCAGAUCAGUCGGGCCGAAGAAGGAUCGCUGGCCGGUCUGUCCGGACUGACCAUACUUGACAUGUCGGCCAACCAGUUGGUGGCAUUGCCGCCGAAAUUUUUUCAAUCUGUGUCKACCAGUUUGACAGAACUUUACUUACAAAACAACAGCAUAUCGGUACUGCCGCCCGGCCUAUUCAACCAAUUGGGCCAAAUGGUGCUUCUGGAUCUAAGUCACAACGAGAUCACCACACACUGGAUUAAUACCGAUACGUUUUCCGAUCUAAUACGACUSAUCCAAUUGGAUCUGUCGCACAAUCGGCUCAGUCGUAUCGAUGCCCAAACUUUUCGCAAUCAGUACUCACUGGAAGUGCUUCAACUUCAUCACAACGAGAUCGAGACCAUUGCCGACAAUGCCUUCCAGUCGCUCUACAAUCUUCAUACACUAGUCCUCAGUCAUAAUCGGCUCCAACGUAUCGAUUCACUGUCUCUAUCGGGUCUUCAUGUGCUUAAUAUGCUGGCCCUCGACUCCAAUAAGUUGGACUUCAUUCACGGCACAGCCUUUAAAAACAUUACUAAUCUAAUGGAACUAAACGUGUCGUCCAAUCGACUGGAAAGUGUUCCGACGGCUAUCACUAAUCUACAGUUUUUGCGUAGUCUUGAUCUUUCAUACAAUCGUAUCAACGAUAUCGCCAACGCCAGCUACCGGAGCAACGAACAGCUGUACGGUCUGAAUCUGGAGGCCAAUCAAAUUGGAAACCUAUCGAAAGGUGUCUUCCAGGAUCUACCGUCACUUCGCAUACUGAAUUUGGCCAAAAAUAAGAUCCAGGGCAUCGAACAGGGAUCUUUUGACGACGUUCCCGAUUUGCAUGCCCUACGAUUGGACAGCAACUACAUUGUCGACAUCAACGGUUUGUUCAGCAAUCUUCGGGAUCUAUUGAUGUUGAAUAUAUCGGUUAAUAAAAUCGGUUGGUUCGACUAUGCGCUGAUACCUAUUGGACURCAAUGGUUGGAUAUUCACGAAAAUCARAUCGACUCGUUGGGCAAUUAUUUUGAGUUGGAAUCGGUACUGAAAUUGCGGACACUGGACGCCAGUGUCAAUCGGAUUGGCGAAAUCGAUGCCAGUUCUCUGCCUAAUGGCAUCGAGAGUGUACUGUUGAACAGUAAUCUUAUCAAACGGAUAGCGCCGUUCACUUUUAUGGAAAAACAAAACCUAACGCGGACUGACCUGACCAACAACAAACUGUCCACUUUAGAUAUAAAUGCAUUUCGGCUCAGCAAAGUGCCGCUGAGACGACCGUUGCCCGAGUUUAGUGUCGGCGGUAAUCCCUAUCUGUGCGACUGUACAAUGGAAUGGUUGCAACGGGUGGCCACACUGGACGAGUCYCGGCAGUACCCGCGUAUGGUCGACGUCCAGCAAAUUGAGUGUCAGCUGGCGUUUGCCAAACAACAGUCAACAGUGCCGCUAACUCGGGCCAACUCAUCGCAGUUUUUGUGUCCAUACAAGAGUCACUGUUUUGCUUUGUGUCACUGUUGCGAGUUUGACGCUUGCGAUUGCGAGAUGACCUGUCCAGACAACUGUACCUGUUAUUAUGACCAAACAUGGUCGACCAAUGUAGUUGAUUGUUCAGCUAAAAACUAUAACAACAUACCGCCCCGAUUGCCCAUGGAUGUCACWGCAUUGUUUAUGGACGGUAACGAUAUCUAUACGCUGACCAGUCAUACGUUUAUUGGACGAAAAAAUAUGCGACACUUGCAUCUAAACAAUAGCAACAUUCAUAGUAUCGGUAAUAAUACGUUCAACGGUUUGGUUAAUCUGGAAGUGAUUCAUCUCGAGUACAACGAACUGACUCAACUAAAUGGUUAUGAAUUUUCGCCACUGUUUUAUCUCCGGGAACUGUAUCUCCAGCACAAUCGUAUUAACACCAUUAACAACAAUACGUUUAUUCAUCUGAAAUCACUGCAAGUGUUGCACUUGGAGUACAAUAUGUUAGUCGAGUUUCAAGUGUCGACAUUCAGUACAUUCAAUACUAGACUUACCGGUCUGUAUGUGGCCAACAAUCGUUGGUCGUGCGAAUGUCGAUAUAUGGAACAGUUUCAACAAUGGGUCAUCAACUACAGCACCGGUAUGUUACAGGACACACGCGAGAUCAGGUGCUACAAUAGUACUGGUACGCUGGGCACCAGUAUCUGGGACGUAAAUGCCACAUCGUGUGCCAAUCAGACAUCGGCCGAUCUGAUCUAUUCUGGAUUGGGACACAACGAAAAAGCGGCCGGUGCUGGCGUAUCAUUUCUGCCCAGUGCACUGUCCAACGACUAUCUUAUUAUAAUUAUUGUGAUAAUGUGUAUAAUAUUUUUGAUGUUCAUACUGUGCUGUGUUUAUCGCAAAGAGCUUAAAGUAUGGAUAUAUAGUAAAUACGGGGUUCGRCUGUUUCAGAGGACACGAUAUACACCCGAAACCGAAAAACUGUUCGACGCUUUUGUAUCCUAUUGUAAGAAAGACGAGUCAUUCAUUGCACAGAUAUUGGCACCGGAACUGGAGUGCGGUCCACCACCGUAUAGGCUGUGUCUACGCUAUCGCGAUCUACCGAUGAGCGUCUAUAUGGCCGAAGCCAUUACCGARGCUAUUGAGUGCAGUCAUCGUACGGUUAUACUAUUGUCGGAACACUUUCUUAAAAGUGAAUGGUGUCUAUUUGAGCUAAAAGCGGCGCACCGGGAGGCACAGGUCAACAAAAAUCAUCGUGUAGUGGCCGUCCUGUUGGACAAGUAUAAUAUGACCGAUUUGGAUGCCGACACCCGACUGUGUCUGCAAUCGGUGCCGAUUGUCCAGUGGGGCGAACGACGAUUCUGGGAAAAGCUCCGGUAUCUGAUGCCGCCGGCCAGRACUGGCCACCAAUUGAAACCCAUGAACUACGGACCCGAUGUCAGGCCGUCGCUCGAGUUUAUGCGGACUAUGAAUACGAAAAUUCUUUCGUCAUCAUUCGUGUCAAAUCUUAAUGUUGUCUCUAAUGUGUUGACAGUGUUUUCUCUUCUGGAUCUAAGUCUUAAGCGAAAACAUACACACGGAUUGAGUCAAUGA